CGCACUAUUUGCGAACGCUGAUUACUGAGAUCUGCAAUAUACUCGUCCGGCGGCUUUUGUAUUGUAUCAUGGCGGACAGGUAUGAGGGUGACUUCGGUUCUAGAUUUGGAGGCCAUCGAGAUCACUAUGGCAAGCCAUCUAGACCGAUGCCCACAGAGCCACCUUUCACAGCAUUCGUAGGAAACCUCCCUGAUGGUGUUGUGCAGAGCGACAUUGAUGAGAUCUUCCAUGGCAUCAGGAUCAAGAGCACUCGCCUUGUGAGAGACAAGGAGACGGACAAAUUCAAAGGCUACUGCUAUGUGGAGUUCUUUGACCUUGACUCCCUGAAAGAGGCUUUGGAGUUUGACUCGGCUGAUCUUCAGGGCCGAUCUCUGCGAGUGGACAUCGCUGAGGGUCGGCGGAGCGACCGUGGCGGAGGAUUUGGCAACAGGCGAGGGGGACCAGGCGGAGGAGGAGGUUUUGACCGGGGUGGUGGCCGAGGGGGUGGACCAAGGGACGGUGGGCCCCCUCGAUACGGAGAUAGAGGAGGCCGGCCAGGAGACCGCGGGGGCUUCCAUGGAGGCUUCUCGGACCGCUCCAGCGACCGUGACUUUGAGAGGGGCCCACCUGGAGGAGGCACCGGCGGUUUCAACAGAGGACCACCUCCAUCUCGUGGUGACAGGCGGCCUGCAGACAGCGAGGAGUUCCGGGAGCCCACAGCAGAAGAGCUGUCUCAUCGCCCACGGCUGAAGCUGCUGCCGCGCACAGUGCGUGCUCCAGUGAACGACGUUGCCGACACGUCGAACCGUUCGAGCAUCUUUGGUGGAGCCAAGCCUCGUGACGAGAAGGAGUAUGAGAAGGGGCGCAAAACUUCCGAAGGCGAUGCCGACUAACCGCUGCUCCUAGAAAACUCAGCAUCUUGUGUUUAAAGCUAAACCUUGUCAUCUUUUUUUUGUGUGGAUUGAGAGUUUUGUACUCUGUGAUUAAGAAUAAAAACAAUGUACUGGAAAACUGGG